UGUCUUGUCUUGGAAGAAGUCUUCUAGAGAGUGAUGAUGACGUCAUUUUCCUUCUUCGUCUUUCCUCCUCUCUCACAAUCUCCUGUAAGUUCCAAAACACAAAUCGUCCAAACCCGUCGCACGAUCAUGGCCGCCUUAUCCGCUGAAAACAAUUCAAUCGACCUUCCUCAGAAACCGAACCACCGCGUGGUGGUCUGUGGAGGCGGUGUGAUCGGAGUCUGUUCCGCCUACUUCCUAGCCAAAAGAGGCGCUGCCGUUACCCUAAUCGAGAAAUCCUCAGUGGCCUGCGCCGCUUCCGGAAAGGCCGGAGGAUUCCUCGCUCUUGAUUGGUGCGACGAUAGUCCCCUCUCUUCCCUAGCCCGUGCCAGCUUCAAUCUACAUCGCUCCCUUUCUCAAGAACUCAACGGCCCCCAAUCGUACGGCUAUCGCGCCCUAACCACCCUCAGUCUCUCGAUCCACGAAUCUGACCCAAAAUCAAAAUCAAAAUCCAACUCUUCUAUUAUACCUUCUUGGAUCGACGGCACGGCGAGAAACUGUCGCGAAAUCGGUUCGACGGAGACAACGGCGCAGGUCCAUCCGCAGCUGUUUGCUCGUACAUUAAUAUCGAAAGCGGUCGCGGAUUAUGGAGUUGAGAUUGUAAUCGGGAAGGUGGAGAAUGUUCGAGUGGAGGAAGGAAAGGCGACGGCGGUGGAAAUGGAAGGCGGACGGAAAAUUGAAGCCGAUGCGGUGGUUUUAGCUCUUGGACCAUGGACGGGAAAAUUGAGUUUGUUGUCGUCGAUUUUCAGAGUGUAUGGGAUAAAAGCCCAUAGUAUUGUAUUGGAACCGAAGGAGGCAGAAGCCAUUUCAGCUCACGCUUUGUUUCUGAGUUAUCAUCGUUCUGAAGGUGGGCCGCCAUUGGACCCUGAAAUCUACCCUCGACCUAAAGGUGAGGUAUACAUAUGUGGAAUGAGUUCGGAAGUUGAGGUGCCAGACGAUCCGGAGCAGAUUACCGGCGACCCUGAAUCCAUAGCCAUGCUUAAGAGAGUGGGUUUAAAAGUUUCGAGUCGGUUGGGGGAAGGGAAGGCGGUGGUGAAGGCUGAGCAAGCUUGUUUCUUGCCUAGCAGCGAGGAUGGUAUUCCGGUGAUUGGAGAGGUUCCAGGAGUGAAUGGAUGCUAUGUGGCUACGGGGCAUAGUUGUUGGGGAAUCUUGAAUGGACCGGCGACUGGAGCUGCUAUGGCGGAGCUUGUGAUGGAUGGUCAGGCUUCUAUUGUAGAUCUAGGUCCGUUUAGUCCGGCAAGAUUUGCCGAAGGUAGGAGAAGAUGAUUUAGAUUGAAAAUUAUUCUAUUUAGUUUGUUAAUUAUAUGUUUUGUUUUUUUAAACAAAAUUAUGAUUAAUUAGAUUUUACUAAUAAACACCAAUAAAGAUCUUGUUUAAUUUAG